GCGUUCAAAUUUUUUAGUAUAAAAGAUGCUUCUAGUGGCAGAUCAAAUCAUUCGAACACAUUCGUUCAAGUGAAGUGGUACGGAACUAUCAAAUAUUACAAAAAUGAAAUUCUUCUUGGCUUUGGCUUUCAUUGCUGCCGUCAGCGCUGACGUGUCACAUUUGCAAGGUGGAUCAACUGGUUACAAUUAUCCACAACCAUCACCAUCAUUCAAUGCAGCUCCAGCACCAGCACCAGCACCAGCUCCACAAUAUGUUCCACCACAACCAGCACCAGCACCACAACCACAACAAUCAUACUUGCCACCACAAAGCGCUCCAGCACCACAACCACAUUAUGCCCCAGCUCCUGCUGCCCCAGCUCCAGACAUUUAUUCCUCAAUUUUUGUUCCUCAAAUAGCACCAGUCGCAUCAGCACCAGCACCAGUUCAACGAGCUCCAGCUCCAGCUCCAGCUCCAGCUCCCCAACAAAGCUACUUGCCACCACAAAGCGCACCAGCCGCCCCUCAACCACAACCACACUAUGCUCCAACACCAGUUGCCCCAGCACCACAAUAUGUUCCACCACAACCUGCACCAGCACCAGCACCUAAACCACAACCACAACAGACAUACUUGCCACCAGCUCCAGUAGCACCAGCUCCAGCUGCCCCUGCUCCAGUUUACUCAGCACCAGCUCAACAACAAUCGUACUCAGCACCAGCACCAGCUCCACAACAAUCGUACUCAGCACCAGCCCCAGCUCCACAAUACUCAGCCCCUGCUCCAGCUCCACAACAAUCAUACUCAGCACCAGCCCCAGCUCCACAACAAUCGUACGCAGCACCAGCACCAGCCCCAGCUCCACAAUACUCAGCCCCAGCCCCAGCUCCACAAUACUCAGCCCCAGCCCCUGCUCCACAAUACUCAGCCCCAGCCUCACAACAAUCAUACUCAGCACCAGCUGCUGCCCCUGCUGCCGCUUCCUUCUCCGAAUCAGAAGGUUACAAAUUCUUCUUGGCUUUGGCUUUCAUUGCUGCCGUCAGCGCUGACGUGUCACAUUUGGGAGGCGGUGGAUACAACUAUCCACAACCGGCACCACACCAUGCAGCUCCUGCUCCAGCUCCACAAUACGUUCCACCACCACCACAACCCCAACAAAGCUACUUGCCACCAAGCGCUCCAGCACCACAGCCAUAUCAUGCUCCAGCACCUGUUGCUCCAGCACCACAAUAUGUUCCACCACCACCACAACCCCAACAAAGCUACUUGCCACCAGCCGCAGCUCCACAACAAUCGUACUCAGCCCCAGCUCCUGCUCCUCAUUACUCAGCCCCUGCACCUGCUCCUCAUUACUCAGCCCCUGCUCCUCAAUACUCAGCCCCUGCUCCUCAAUACUCAGCCCCAGCCCCUGCUCCACAAUACUCAGCCCCAGCCCCACAACAAUCAUACUCAGCACCAGCUGCCGCUUCUUUCUCCGAAUCAAGCGGUUACGAUUACAACGUACCACACUAAAUGUUAUGUCCAAACCAUUAGAGCGAACAUAUCUGCAUCUCAAAUGGCCAAUCCUGAAUAUCAUAUAAAUCUAAAAAUUGAAUCGAAAUAAAAAGCAAAUUAAAAAAAACUUA